GGGGCGGCGCCGCGCCAUGGCGAUCUUCAGCGUCUACGUGGUGAACAAGGCCGGCGGCCUCAUCUACCAGCUGGACCACUACGCGCCCCGCUCCGACACCGAGAAGACGUUCAGCUUUCCGCUCGAUCUCGUCCUGCGCCCGCACGAUGAGCGCGUCGUGGUGGCCUUCGGGCAGCGGGACGGCAUCCGCGUGGGGCACGCCGUGCUCGCCAUCAACGGCGCCGAGGUGAACGGUCGCUUCACGGCGGACGGGAAGGACGUGCUGGAGUUCCUCGGUAACCCCGCCAACUACCCGGUGUCCAUCCGCUUUGGCCGCCACCGGCUCUCCUCCAACGAGAAGCUGAUGCUGGCCUCCAUGUUCCACUCGCUGUUCGCCAUCGGGUCGCAGCUGUCACCUGAAGUUGGGAGCUCCGGGAUCGAGAUGCUGGAGACCGACACCUUCAAGCUGCACUGCUUCCAGACACUGACAGGUACCGUGGGGCCCUGGGCACCGGCACCCUCUGCUUCCUCAGGGCUGUCGGUGCUUGCCCUUCCUUAUGCUCCUGGCAUUUUGGCUCCAGGGAUCAAAUUCAUGGUUCUUGCUGACCCGAGGCAGACGGGGAUAGACGCUCUUCUCCGCAAAAUCUAUGAGAUUUACUCAGACUUCGCUCUGAAGAACCCUUUCUACUCCCUGGAGAUGCCAAUAAGGUGCGAGUUGUUUGAUCAGAACUUGAAGCUUGCUCUGGAGGUGGCAGAGAAAGCUGGACCCUUUGGACCUGGAUCAUAGAGAAAGCCUUGCCUGUUGAAGAGAUUCAUUUGUCUGAAGAGUGGGGCCUCUCUCUUCCCUGGCUGGCCUCUCACAAAGCUCCCCUCUCCACAGCAGAGACUGCACAUCCCCAAAACAUGCUUCAGUAUGUCCCAGAAUACCAGUUUAUCCCCUUUGUUGUAAAACUUACCUUAAAGAGAUUCCUUGGCACCGUUUACAUUGGGCCACAGGGCCUUAUUUUGCUGUUGCAGCUCUGCUGCACUUGGGUGAAGGAGAAGGUGCAGGACUGUGGCUUUACCACAGUCAGUGCUUUUCUUUCCUGUCAUAAAUGUACAUAUGUAUUUUUCCUGUAUAGCUCGAACUUACAGUCUUGCAGAGGGUUUCUGUGUAGAAGUAAUAAGUGUUUACUGAUGAGACAAAUGGCUCUUUGCUUUCUGUUGGUGGGGACAUUGGCACCUCAAGAGGAUAUGUGGAUUUGGCUGGUUUUGCUUGUACCACUCUCCAUAAGAAAACCAGGGCCCUUGUGACACUGCUCCAUUUUUAUUUCAGAUAUAGAAGAUCAUGUAAUUAAGUACAAAAUGUAAUUCACUUUCAUUUACUUAAUUAAGGCUAGCUAACUACUCUUGCAACCAAGGUACUCAGCAAAGUACCUGCGUGCAGGUUCUUUACAAAGUGAACUUGCCUUUUUCAGGAUCCUAAGACAGUAAAUCCUUUUGGGGAAAAAUAAGAGUAUUCAACAAAUUCCUGGUUAAAUACCUGAGUGUAUUUACUGCAGGGUGCUGUGCCUGACUGCUGAGGCUGACUCAGAGGCAGCCUGAGCCCCUGCCUGCAGCCAUGAGAGACACAGCUCUUGACCAAAGCUAUCCCAGUCUUCACACCCUGUACUGAAAGAAUACAAGCCAAUGCUAGAAAUGUGGGUUUUCAAGAAACCCAGCUGCACAAAACGUGGGUUGGUGGUGGCUGCUGUUGCAGUUCCUGCUGCUGGGAUAGUUCUGGCUGAUUUGCAGAGCGCUGGCUACGAGCUGCCUUGGCAGCAGCUGCCUGCCUUGCAAAUCAUUAACACUGCACACAGACAUCACGCUGGGGGGAUCAGUUCACCUCCCAGGAGCCUCUCUGAACGCCGUGAGUUCCCUGGAAACCUGCCUGUUCCUAAAUGCUGCAGAGAGCCCUGCUGCAGCUCGUCCUUGUUCCUGCCUCACUCCUGGAAACUAACCC